AUGGCCCCUCGUUUUCAGAAAGUCGUUCGUAAAACACGACGAGACGAUACAGAAAUUAGUCGAUGCAUUAAAUAUCUAAUGUUUGGUUUUAAUAUUCUUUUUUGGAUCCUUGGAUUUAUGAUAACUGCUAUAGGCAUCUAUGCCUGGAUCGAAAAAGAUACAUUUGAUAAUUUUGGUCGUUUAACAAUGCGUGGAACAUUAUUUUUUGAUCCAGCUUUAGUGUUUGUUCUCGUUGGAAUAUUUAUGUUUUGCAUUGGUUUUACUGGAUGUGUCGGAUCAUUAAGAGAGAAUACAUGUUUAUUACUUUUUUUCAGUUUUGCAUUAGCAAUUAUAUUUUUUGCUCAACUCGCAUUUGGUACAUUAGUUUUUAUUUAUCGUGAAAAGGUUAAAAAUGAGGGCGAAAAACAAUUGAUGGUUAUGAUUGAAAGUUAUCGUGAUGAUCCUGAUUUACAGAACAUGAUCGAUUGGAUACAACGAGAUUGGCUUCAUUGUUGUGGAGUUAAUAAUUAUCGAAAUUGGGAAAGUAAUAUUUAUUUUAAUUGUUCAUCCAAACUUGUUGGAAGUGUUGAAGCAUGUGGUGUACCGGCUAGUUGCUGUCGAGCUGAAUAUUUUCAUAAUAAUAAACAAUGUGGUUAUGGAACUUUAGAAUCAUCAGCUGGCACACAUAUGAUUUAUACUGAUGGUUGUCUACCAAAAGCAUCUCAAUGGUUUGAACGACACAUUCUUCCUGUGGCCAUCGUUAUUGUUGUUCUUGCUGUUUUACAAAUACUUGGUAUUUGUUUUGCUCAAAAUCUUCGUAAUGAUAUUCUCGCUCAAAAAGCCAAAUGGUUAUGGCAGGCACAUCCAAUGAUGAAUUAUUAUCGGCAUCAAUAA